GCGCCGGGGCCCCGCCGCUGCUCCUUCAGCUCUGAAUCCAGGAUCGCCAGCCAACGCCAGAGGUGGUGUGCGCGCCACUGGAGUAUUUCUCUGCCCUAGCUCUGCGUGGCUUCUCGGAGCCUUACGGCUCCCGCCUCCGCCCCCGCGGGUUCCGAGCUCAGAGCCGCCGGGAACGCAAGACCUGGAGCGGGACCCAGGAGCCGCGCCCGCCUAGCCCUGUCCCGGGUGGGCCCUCAUGGAGGGCCCGGCGGAGCCCCCGACUCCUGAUCUGCGGGAUGUGGAGGGCAAGGUGGGCAGGAAGACCCCUGAAGGGCUGCUCCGAGGGUUGCGAGGAGACUGGGAGCUCGGAACCUCGGACGCCCUACUGCUCCCGGGGGCGCCGGGCCCCGGCCCUGGCCUGGGGGACAAGAUCCUGGCGCUGAGGCUGGAGCUGGCUUCCCUGCGAGCCAUUGACGUGAAGAUCCUGCAGCAGCUGGUGACCUUGAACGAGGGGAUCGAGGCCAUGCGCUGGCUCCUGGAGGAGCGGGGAGCGUUGACUAGCCACUGCAGCAGCCUCACCAGCAGCCAAUACAGCCUGACAGGUGGCAGCCCGGGCCGCUCCAGGCGGGGCAGCUGGGACAGCCUGCCAGAUACCAGCUCCACGGACCGGCUGGACAGUGUCUCUAUCGGCAGCUUCUUGGACACCGUGGCCCCCAAAGAGCCGGAUGACCAGGGUGCCCCUGGGGCUCCCUGUCCUGAGAUGGACUGGGCAAAGAUUAUACCUGGAGAGGACAGGGCCAAGACUGGUGUGGAUCUGAUGGCCACCAGGCUAGGGAGCUGGAGGGCUUUGUGGAAACCCUCAGGAGAGGGGGUGCAAGGUGAACCACCUGAGCCCCCAGAGGAUGAGAGUGCCACGCUGGACUUUGAGGCUCAUUGGUACUGGGAACAGUGCCAAGAUGAUGUGACCUUCUUGUAACAAUUUUUGCACCUUUUUGCGUUCCUGUGGCACUUUUACCCUUGGUCCUGGUUUUCCUCAAAAUAUGUUGUCCUUCAAAUACAAGUCUAGGAAUAGACUCAUGGUAACUGAAAUCAGUUACCAUGGAAACCUAGCUCACCCUUCCUUUGGUCCCUGGAGAGUCUGUCUUUAUCCCUCAAUUAUUCAGUCCCUAGAGCCAUUUCCGUAGAGAUGCUGCCUGUGGCUCUUCUUGUGAGGGUGUCUCCAUCUCCAUCUUCCUCCCCUCACUUUGUAAGGAUUGAGGAGCCAUAGGAGGUCACUGGUAGAGUGGGGUGGAGGGGUAAUUACCUCACCCAAAGACUAGGAGCUUUGUCUUUUCUUGGCCAAAAUGGAGGGUUAAGGAGGGAUAUGGUCACUUGGGUCCAACCCUUCAUCUAGGAUUUGUCCUCCCAGAGGCCUUUGGAGUUGGUAAACCCACCCCUUCCUAUCUGCUGAGUGAUAUCAUUUCCUGUCAGGAUGGACUAGCCAUCCUGUACCAGUCCUUGAAUAGUAUGUGAUUGGGAUAUCAGAGUCCCUGCUGCUGAGCAAGACCAAUCAACAUCCAUACCAUUACUUCUUUUAAGUGAGAACAGGUCAUCCUUCCAACAGGAAAGUUUCUCAUCAGAAGAUGUGUGUGCUGCUUUUCAGACAAUGUGUUCUCAUCUCCUCCUGCAGUGUCUCACUUCCUUUAUGGCUGCAUCCCUCUUGGGCACCAGUAUUAUCUCUGUUCUUUUACGGAGAGAAGCUGUCAGAGGCCUCCAACUGUGGCUUUCAAAUCUGCUUGCCUACUCUGCCAUGGAGCCCUAUCUUACCCUGUUCCUCACUGGUCCCAUUUCUGUGUUCUGACUUCACACCUCCUAGGAUGGUUUUGUUUCUGUGCUUCCCUAACUUCUGUUUCCUCUUUUACCUUCAGUUUUUUUAUAUGCAGAUGACUCCUGUGCUGGCCCUUUGCAGAUGGGAGCUAGAAGAGGGAGAAAUUUGAGCUCUGAUUAUACCAGAAUCCUGGAUGCUGGGGAGGGCUUGUCUUCUCUGAGUCUGUGAUUACCCUUCCCCCGCCUCAUCCAGCCUUCUAUCAUUUGGUCACAAGGGUGCCUGCCUGUGGUUGGGACACAAGGAAUCCCCUUGUCUGGGCUACAGUGUGGGGGUGUGGCAGGAAAAGACAAAGGCUCUUUGGUCCCUGGGCCCCAUCCAGGGGACCAGCAAGGGAAAGUCCUCCUUCCUUCCUCUCUUAUAGCUAGUCCUUGGCUCCUGAGACCUAAGAAUGCAGUGAAGGACCACCUCUGGGACUGUGCCCCUAGGUCUUAGCUAAUUAUACCAAAGAAGGAAUUCAGGGAUAUUGCCAACCUGGGGGUCAGAGCGGAGACAGGCGCAGAGAGCAGGGACUGGCCAUGGCUGAUAUAAAAAUAAAUUCUUGGGAGAUUAACUCUGCAUCCCAGGUAAUGGUCCCUGUCUUUGUAAUGGCCCCUUUCUUUCUUGGGUCCUGAAAUCAGAUUACUAGAGGGAAAAGGAGAGGAAUAAUGAUGAUCUUUGGUUGUUUGUGUGCUGUACUGAGUUGGAGGAGUCUUCCCCAAAAUCCUGGAAUAAUGCUGCCAUCUCUUUAUUUUUAUUUUUAUUUAUUUAUUUAUUUUGGU